AAAUCAAAAACCAAAAUCUAAAAUCAAAAAAACUAAAAUCUAAAACUAAAAACUACUAAAACAAUCAUCACCUCAAUGUAUAUAUGUACUGAUGAUAAUGAUGUGUCCUAAUUUGAAUGUGGAUUCAGUAAAAUUGUGAUGAUAUGCGAAAUCUCAGUUGCGAUAAGUUGAAUUAGCGAAAAGGUUAAAUUUGGACGAAUUCAGAAGAAUGGAUAUAAUAUGCGGGUCGGUUAAACGAAAUAGAAAAUUUUACUCUAUAAAUAAAUGAAUAACUAAGUGCUGAGAAGGAAUAAUUACGGUCGGAAAAGGUCUAGCUUCGGACAUCUCUUUGCUGCCUCUUCUUCGCCGUCUCUUCGCUGUCGUGCGGACCAAAAAAAAAAUGACAGAGGAAGAGGUAGCGAUGGAGAUGGAAGCGGUAGAAGCAGUAUACGAAGAAGAAGUGGUGAUAGUGGAUUCAUAUCCUCCUCAUCUUCACCUCCACAUCAAGCCCCGUACCGCCGAGAUCUCUUCUCAGCAGUUUGUGGAAGCGGUUGUAAGAAUACAAGCUGGUCCUAAGUAUCCAGAUGAACCGCCAGAGAUUAGCCUGAUUGAAUCCAAGGGUCUUGAUGAGCAAAGGCAAAAGCUUUUGAUUGGUUUUGUGCAAGAGAAAGCUUCUGAACUAUCUUCCUCUCUAAUGCUAGUUGCACUUUGUGAGGAAGCAAUUGAGAGGCUCACGAUUAUGAAUCAUCCGGAUGGUGACUGUCCACUGUGUCUGUAUCCUUUAUUCCCUGAGGACGGUCAGAGUAAUCAAAUGCCCUUUAUGAAGCUCAUGUCUUGCUUUCAUUGUUUCCACUGUGAGUGCAUCAUUAGGUGGUGGAAUUGGCUUCACACAGAGAAAGAAGCUGAUUCAGAGAAUGGUGAUACUUUACGUCUGUGUAGAGGAACAAGUGACCAAGUAGGUAGUCUUGGAUCAACAGAUAAAAGCUUUGGAAACUGUCCAGUGUGCCGCAAAGUUGUUCAUGCAAGUGAUAUUGAACAUGUUCUCGGCUUAGUCGGUGCUCAGUCAUCUCAACAGGAUUCUGGUUUAAUACAAGGUGAGGAAGAAGACCCACUACUCCAGUCAAAUUCAGAGAAGAUCAGAAGAGAACGGUUUGAGGCUAUUCUAAAGACGCAGGAAGAGAAGGGUGGUCUGGUUCAACCAAAGAAAAACAUAUCGGUUGUCCCCGGUAUGUAUCUUCCUCCACCAGCUCCUGCAUCAUCUUCUUCAAACCAAGAAGAAGCUCAAGAACAACGACAACAAGUGGAACACAAAGAAGGUGAAUCAGAGACAAACUCUAGCAGCUCCAACAACAGGAGAGGGAGAGGCAGAGGCCGAGGAGGCCGGGCACAUAGUAAUAAUGUCAACAGAAGGAAGCAGAAUCCUCAAGAUCCAAGAAAACCUACGAAGCAGUGGGUGCAGAGAAGUUGACAAGACUCAUUGUACUAUUUAUAUAUCUCGAGAGAGAGGGAAAAGAGAUCAAACUCAGACUCAAAAACAGACCACAAUGACAAAAGAAAAUAAUAUAAUUCCUCUGUUUUACAAAGAUAAUUUUUUUAAAGGAAUUGUCACACAUUAAAAAC